CAUCCUUCAAUGAAAUUGGCUAGAGUUUGAAAAUGGAUUUUUUCAUGCAAUCUUUAUUUCUAAUUAUGAUCACCUUAGUUAUAUCCAUCUUUGUUCUGAACAGAAAAAAUCUUGAUGCCACCAAAACCCUGCCCCAAGGUAGUUUUGGAUGGCCUAUAGUGAAUGAAACCUACCAAUUUCUGUUCAAACAAAUUGAUCAUUUCCUUCAAGAGAAACAGAAAAAGCACUCCUCAGAUAUCUUCAAGACCAAGUUACUAGGAGAACCAACAGUGGUUCUUUAUGGUCCUAGUGCAAACAAAUUUAUCUCCACCAAUGAACCAAAACAUGUCAAAGUUUGGUACUUGAGGACACAAAGAAUGCUCUUCAAUCUUCCUGAUCAUGAUCAGCUGCGUGCGAAAAACUCGGCCGUUGUAGCUGCGGCUCCAGUGAAGAUCUUAGGGUUCUUGAAACCAGAAGGUCUAUUUAGGUACAUGGGGUGCAACAUUGAAUCCAUCAUGCACCAACACUUCAUGAGAAAUUGGGAAGGAAAAACAGAACUAAAGGUUUAUCCUUUGGUGAAAAAUUUUGCUCUUUCACUGGCCUAUCAGUUCUACUUAGGAAUUGAUGAUCCACUCCAUGUGGCAAAAUUUAUCAGCAAGUUUGAUGAUUUGUAUUCUGGAAUUUAUGCUGUUCCGGCGAAUUUUCCGGGGACUACAUUUCACAGGGCAAUGAAGGCUGCAAGUAAAAUCAGAGAAGAGAUUCAAUUAUUGAUCAAUAAGAAGAUUGAUUAUUUGUCAAAGGGAAUUGUUAUGAAUGAUUUACUAGCACAUUUAGUUGGUGCUGUUGAGGAUGGAAAAUAUGUGCCAAAAAUUGAAAUAAGUAACAUCAUAAUGGGAUUGAUGAAUUCUAGCUACACAUCAAUAGCAAUCACACUUGCUUUCAUGAUCAAACACAUUGGAUUGGAUCCUCAUAUCUACCAAAAAAUUGUAUCAGAGCAUGCUGAUAUUACAAAAUCAAAAGGAGCAGGUGCAGCACUAGAUUGGGACAGCAUACAAAAAAUGAAAUACACAUGGUGUGUUACACAAGAAACCAUGAGACUGUACCCAACUGCACCAGGAGCAUUCAGAGAGGCAGUAACAGAUAUCACCUUUGAAGGUUUUACUAUUCCAAAGGGAUGGAAGAUAUUUUGGGCAAUGAUGGGAACAAAUAAGAACUCAAAAUACUUUGAUGAGGCUGAAAGUUUUGAUCCAUCAAGAUUUGAAGAGAAUGGCCCUGUUCCAUACAGUUAUAUACCAUUUGGUGCUGGAGCAAGGUCUUGCCCCGGAAAGGAUUACACAAGGUUUGUGAUUCUCACUUUCAUUCACAAUCUCGUUACCAAAUUCAGUUGGCAAGUUAUGCAUCCUCAUGAGCAAGUCUUAGGUUCUUUGGUGCCUCUUCCGGCGAAUGGAAUUCCCAUCCGAAUUCGCCACCUCUAAGGCCUAGUUUGGUUAAAAGGUAAGAAUAAGGAAAAAAUUGUUAAGGUGAAAAUUCACGUAUAGUUGUCUUUAUAUGAAGUUGAUAAUUAAAAAUUAUUUGAUGAUAAUUUAAACAAACGUGUUAAAUCAUCUAACAAUUCUCAAUCAUCAACUUCAUGCAUGCAAGUCUCUACCAAUUGUAAAAUCUAUGGGGUCUAUAAUUAAUGCAUCACCUUCAGUGUA